GAAGAGGAAGCGGUUCAACCUCCAUUGCAGUCAAUGGGAGAUUUCCUAUACAGUAAUUGGCGGAAAGGUGGGAACCGGGGGUGGGCCACUGGCCCCAGUUACCGGUAUGAGAAAUGAAAGAAGGCCUUGCUCCGAAUCCUGACAUUCUCCGCACAGCUAUUUCGCUAUACCGCGCCUUUUCACUGCCAGGCCCCGGGUGCUCCUGAAGGGCCUCUUCCCUCAGACCCAUGGGCUUCUAACGGUUCGUGGGGAAACUACGUUUCCCAGGAGGCCUCACUGCGCUCGCCGGAAGCCCGAGGGGAGGCGCAGGUGCGGUGGCUUGUGGGACCGUCGUCGGAGGUGGCCGCGGUGGUGGUGGUGGGGCUCCAUCAUGGCGGCUUCCAUUUCAGGCUACACGUUCAGUUCCGUUUAUUACUACAGCACCAACAGUAGCGCCGACCAUGAAGGAUUUCUUUUAGGAGAGAUAAGGCAAGAGGAGACGUUUAGUAUUAGUGACUCUCAAAUCAGCAACAUUGAAUUUCUGCAAGUUAUUGAUAUCCAUAAUCAUGAGCCUUGUUCCAAACUCUUUAGCUUUUAUGACUAUGCGGGCAAAGUCAAUGAAGAGAAUUUGGAUCGGAUUCUUAAAGAUCAGAGAAAAAACGUUAUUGGAUGGUACAGAUUUAGGAGAAACACCCAGCAACAAAUGUCAUAUAGAGAACACAUCAUUCAUAAACAGCUGACACAGAUUCUUGGAGUGCCUGAUCUUGUCUUCCUUCUCUUCAGUUUCAUCUCAACUGCAAAUAACUCAACACAUGCUUUAGAAUAUGUUCUCUUUAGACCAAACCGAAGGUAUAAUCAAAGAGUGUCACUUACUAUUCCUAAUCUAGGCAACACAAGCCAACAGGAAUACAAGGUCUCUUCAGUGCCAAAUACUUCCCAAAAUUAUACCAAAGUUAUUAAGGAGCAUGGUACUGCUUUUUUUGAUAAAGAUGGUGUGAUGAAGGACAUCAGGGCUAUAUAUCAGGUUUAUAAUGCACUUCAAGAAAAAGCACAGGCAGUAUGUAUAGAAGUAGAGAAGAGUGAACUAGCUGCUGAAACUUUCCAGGCAGAAGUCAAUAAGCUAAAAACACAAAUCUUGCAAAAGAAACAAGAAAAGGAGCAGGAAAUAAGACUGCAGCAGGCCAUCUUAAGCAGACAAAUGUCAAAUGAUGCCUUGGAGCCUAUAUUUAUCCCCCGAAUGUCCCAUGCUGGAUUUGUUGCAGAAGGUAGUAAUCUUGAAGAACCCGAUGCCUCUGAUCCUCCUCCUCCUUAUGCUGACUUGAGUGUAAUCAAUCAUGACAGUGCCACACGCCCUGGUGUUCUAGAAACCAAUGUUUUCAUGCCUCGACCUCAAGCAGUAGGCUCUUCCAGUUAUGUUUCCACAAAUACAGGAUUGAAGCUUUCAGGCAAUGGAACAUCCAUGCCAUCCUCUUCCCAGGCGACUGUGGGUGACAAUGUUAAUGAAUCAGAAGACAGUGACUGUGAGAAUUUUCUUGAACCUACAGAGUCAUCUGACAAUGAAUACGCACAGACAAGAAAUUCUCGUCCCCUGACACAUGCGGAUGGAGAUUCCAGGAACACUCAAAUCUCCCAGAUCUAAUGGAACAUGAGCUUAAUAUAGCACUAUCUUUCCUAAAUGUUACAGAAAUAUUUUGGGAUUUAACUUGGAGGAAAUGGGCUACAAAAGUGGAUUGUUGUGCACAGCAGAUGUAGAAGACUUGAACUUAGAUGGCUUAUUCACUUUUGUGAUACAUUUUUGCAGGUUUUGUAAUUGAAUCAUUAGGAUAAUCAAACUACUAAUAUUGACGAAAUACAUGGAUGUACCGGUAAAUAAGCAAAGUGAAAUUGGGGGGGAGGGAAUCAUGUGGCUUUUGUUGCCAUAUUCUCCAUUAAAAAAUGGAAUUUAGCAACUAAGCGCACUCUAAUGAUCUCAAAUCAAAGCUUACCUCGUGCACUAUCAUGCCUUGAAUUUGGGGGGAGGGGGGCAUUUCUAAGAACUUUGAUCAGCAGGCUUUUUAAUGGUGAAGCCAAAUAGAUCAUUGCCAGAAACAAAAACCUUUGAUAAUUCCAAGCAGCCUGAUUGGAACAAAUGUGAGCUAUAUUCUCUGCAUGCUCUUUUAAUAGAGAUGAAGUUUGUUUCAAUCUUUUUCUACUAGCCUAAUGUCUAUCACUUAAAAUUAUGGUUGCCUUUUUAUGUAGAAAAGCGAUUACCAGUAAAUCAUCAGUGAAUGUCUUGAGCAUAACUACUCUGACCUUGGUGGAUUUAAAGUGACUUUCCCACACUAUCAUCGUUUGCAUUUUUGUUCUAAAAAUAUGAAGAGCACAUAGCAGAAAGUAGUGAAAUAAUGUGGUCAGUUCUGAGAGGCACUGAACAUUUAAUGCAAAAUUUCGUGCAACUUUCAGAAUAAUCCAGAUUUACUAUGUGAACCACUUUGAGUCUCUGUUAGGGAAAAAGGUGGGAUACAAAUAAUAAUAUUAAUAAAUAAAAUAAAGUCCUGGAGAAUAGAAGAGGCUGUCUAGUGAAAUCCCUUAGGGUUUUCCUCUUAAAUUAACUAUAGCUCUUCUCAUGUUGGGGUAAGAACUUGCGAGGCAUUAAGUGGAGUCCAUUUAAAUAAUUUUUGAAUGCACUUAAAAUAUUUUUUAUUUUUAUGCUUGCAGGAAAAAAAAUACCCAAAAGAUACAAAAUAGUGCCACUAAGUAUCGAACUAGGCAUUUUCUUCAAUUAGCAAAUGGCAAACCUUUGAUUAUGUAACAAUUUGCCUUUGUUUUAUUUAAUCCAACUCUUGAUUAAAAACCCACAUGAAGACUUCUUUUAGAUAUAUGAUUGCCUACAGCUAAAAUCUCAGUAGCUAAACAAUCCCACAUCUGUCUGUUCGACGCUCUGUUGUCUGUACUAAGUAAAACCAAGUGGCUUUGAAAUAUGAUAAAAAUACUUCUAUCUCCUUGGACAUUUGGGACUUAUAAACAUUUCUGUUUUUAAUACUUAACAUGCUAUUUGGCCUUAACAUGAUAUGUUUUGUUUUACAUUGCUGCAGUCUGUUCUAAUUAACAAAAAGUGUGCUUGGGUUUUAUUAACUUUGGGUAUCUACAAGCAUCUGUUGUGCUGGUUUGUUAAAUAAGUGCUGUUGCCAUCUCAUCAGUUCAUUCAAGAAAUUUUAUUUUUUAUGUCACUCAAAUCUUUAAUGUACAUCUCUGACAAAGCAGUUAAAUGUGACAAUAAAAUCUUAUUUAAUCCUUUAUCUUUUAAUAUCUGUCAGCAAUGUUUCAUUGCAGUGAGAUCAUGCAUCUGCAAGUGAAAGCAGUGUUAAGAUCCACCCCUCAAUGAAACAAAUGAUUGACAAAACUGUAUAUUGGUUCCCCUAUUGGCUGAGUGUAAAGAGGAGCACCCAUGAGAUUAUGGUUUGUAUACAGUAGUAAUCACUUUUUUCUAAUGACCAUUCACAUUUGCUCAUGCAUGGCAAAUAUCUAUAAUCCUUGCAACAGAAGACUGGCAGCAGCAAUUUAAUAAAUAUCCCCUUAGUUUGCAUAGUUCAUCACAACAACUUUUAGAGGUAGCAACUCCAUUUGCAUGGAUGACUCAGCUAAGUCUGGAUAAUGUUGAAUAAGUUCCUAUGCACACAAAUUACUUCUAUAAAUAUUGGCAUAUUUAAUUUCUAAAUGGGAAAAUCAUGAUGGUGAAAUAUUACAUUGCCUAUAAUAAUCAUCUGUUAUAAAACCUGUCGUCUUAAAUCUGUUGCCUGUUUCUUCAUAAAUUGGGGUUAUGAGGGCAUACACUUCAUUGGCAUCAAUUUCUAAGUAACUCAGAAUCCAUACAAACCUGCAUAAUUAUCUCCGGUAGAAGUACCAUCAUUGACUGUUGUGCCCUUAUUAGGUCAUUGUAAUUGUCAUCUCUGGUUAUGUGUUAGGUUAUGAGUGACCAUAAUGCUUGUAUAACACAGAUGGAAUGCUGGUUCCAUCAGCAGUAGCUGGUGUGAAUAAGAGCCCUCUUCCAUUAUUCUUACUGGGGGAUCCAGACUCAGCUGGGAAUAAGAACUUCCAUGCAGUAACUUGUUUUUAAUCUUCUCUUUUGGAGACUAAUCUGCCUUCUUUUCUCCUUUCUCUAACAACUCUUCCAAUUAUUUUGCAUUUACAGUACAUUUGUAUUAUGUAAAAACAAAUUAUAAUAAGGGGAGAAGCAAUGUCCUUAGAUUUGUUCCCUUAUCACCACUGAAGAAAUCAAGUGAUUUGUUCCCUUAGAUUUGUUCCCUUAUCACCACUGAAGAAAUCAAGUGAUUAUAAUCUUCGUUACUAUGGUGGCAGCUUGCUUUUGUCUGCCUAGAUCUGGCAUCCCCAAACUGCGGCCCUCCAGAUGUUUUGGCCUACAAUUCCCAUGAUCCCUAGCUAACAGGACCAGUGGUUGGGGAAGAUGGGAAUUGUAGUCCAAACAUCUGGAGGGCCGAAGUUUGGGGAUGCCUGGCCUAGGUGCUUAAUACUGGUAUAUUGCCUGAGAUGUAUUCUAAAUGGCAGAAUGGUAAGUGGUCUGUAGCCUGAAACAGGUCUAGCUUUUGUAUCGGGUUUGCUAUUGCACAGCGUAGUCUUCUGCAAAGAGGAUUGAUUGUCUGAGCCCCACAUAUAUGUAUCUUCCUGUAUUAUUCUGUUUUCCGUAACUAAGCUUAAGGCAAUGUAAAUGGGAGUUGCCAUGCAGUCACAGGCCAGACACAAACCUGAUUUGUUCCAGCAGUUUCUUAGUUCACAAGAAACUUGGGUUUCACAUUGCCAUCAACACAGAGACGAUUUUUUAAAAUUAAUUGUUGGUGUAGUUUUUCUAAACUGCUUGAAUCAUUAUUGAAUUAUGGGCAGUAUAUAAAUGGAUCGAAAUAAAUAAAUGUGGGGUUUUUUAAUGUUGGGGGCCAUUUUUAGAAAUUGUCGCUAUCAACCUUCCCCAACCUGGUGUCCUCCAGAUGGCUAGGACUACAAUUCCCAGCCUUCCAAGUUAGCAUGUUCAGUGGUCAGAGAGUCCUACUCCAAAACAUUUGGGGGGGGGGGUAACAGUUGGGGAAGAGUGACCCAUAUUGCUUGUUGAACCUGUCUGCCAUAUAUAUUAUGGAGGGACAUGCUACCAAGCAGAUCAGUCUGCCUUUUGUGUUGCUCUUUGCAUACAACUCUAGAUGAAUAAUCUGGCCGAUUGAAAAUUACAUGUCAGUAUACACUAUUCUUAUGACCACAUAGCACUGUUAUCUAAUCACGGGACUUGGAUUACUGUAUUAGCAUAAUCAGUUCCUGCUCAAUGUGGGCUCUGGUGCACACCAUCCUUUUUCUUAUAGAGCUCGUUGGAGAAAGGGCAACUUCUGCUGAGAUAGGAGUCUCUCUUUCCACAGACAAUAAUGAUCCAUUAUGGUAGCAGAGCUCUGGGUUCAUUUAUUGACUCCAGCUGGCAUUUCUUGGUUCUUUAAGUACACUAUUUUGAUUGCAUCCAUUUCCUUAGGACUGAUUGCUUGUCCUCGUACUUUGUGACUCCAGGGUGCUGCAAUUUUAAUACAGUUGAAGUGAAAGGCUUAAGUGGUAAAGCAGCCUGCUGUAUUUCUGAAGAAUCAAUUUAGCACUAGUAGGAAGUUGUGGCAUUGGGAAAAUCAAUUAUUUUCCUUGUGAGCUAUCCAUUUAGAAGGUGAAGUUGAGCAGCUGGGAGGCUGUUUUAUACAGUUUGCCUUCAUUUCUGCCAAAUGGUUUUAAUGAAGGAUGUGUCGAAGAGGGGAAGGAAAGCCAUCCACUGUCCACUGAGGGCAGAAAGGAUGGGAUUGUGUUGCUCAAUGCACAUGUUAUUGAUGCUCUGUUGCUUGGGAUGAGGGGGGUGGGAAAUGCACUUGUACAUGUGCCAAGAAAUACAGGUGAGAGUACAGACUUUAUGGCUUCAAACUAUUCACACUCCUUUGACGUCUUUUGGAGCUCCUUUUCCCUUGUCCUGCUUUUCUAGAUAUCAAUCUGUACUUUCUUUGGCAGUCAAAGUUGACAUUUUUUUUACCAGAGGCAGAGUAUCAAGUGUGCCCCCCCCCCAAAAAAAACACCCCAGAAUAAGUCAAGGUACAGUAUCUAGUAUUCAAGGCUGGUUAAGUCAUUGGCACCCUUGAAUAUUCCAUUUAUUUCCCUCCCUGUUUUUAUGUACAUAUGCCCCAACACACUGCACAUUCUGUGACCACUAGCCGUACUCAUUCUUUGGGGGUUGUGAUUUAUUACACUUCUGCAAACCUUGGGUUCCUCUGAACAUGAUGAUACAUUUCUCUUGUUUCUCAGUAGCUCCAAUUUGGCUACACAGGUGUCAUGACUCAACAGCAUCUGACUUCACUAAAGAUACAGGUAUAUUGCAUCACAUAUAUAGAUAUUUAGAAGCUCCAUGUUAAGACUCGAGACAGUCUGCCUUUGAUGCUAGAAAAGGCAUCAGAAUAGUGCUGUUUAUCUAAAGCAGGCAUCCCCAAACUGCGGCCCUCCAGAUGUUUUGGCCUACAACUCCCAUGAUCCCUAGUUAACAGGACUAGUGGUCGGGGAAGAUGGGAAUUGUAGUCCAAAACAUCUGGAGGGCAGAAGUUUGGGGAUGUCUGAUCUAAAGCAUGCCCCUUUAGAUGUCAGGAUUUUUAGUCAAGUCUUAAGUUAAUUUUUGAAAUCCAAAAGAAGAUGUACACUUCACCAACUAAGUGAAAGCUGGGAAAGCUACAAUCUAUAUUAAUAUUCGUGUUAUAUUCUGUGCAGUACCAUUUUAUGCAUGUUUACUCAUGGUCAAAGUAUUUGUAUGUAUACAGUAUAUAUACCACAGAGCUACACUGGGGAGGGAAGGCUUAUUAUAAGUGCCAAAUUUCCAUUGGCAAUUAUGGAGCAAGUUCCAUUGAUAACAGUGGGACUUAAGGACAAACAGCAUGUUACAUGUAAUGUGUACCGUGCAGCUCCCUCUCCAUCUUUUAUUUACUUAAGUACAGGUGCAGAGGGAGAUACGGUAGUUAGCAGGACCACAGUGUGUGGGAAGAGAAGGUUUUAUCCUUUCCCUCCUGUGCCACAACCCCCUGUAAAUUGUCUCAUUAUGCAGCUAUAAGGGUUAGUAGCAUAAGUUUCCAUUUGUCCCAACUCCAGUUGACUUGCUUCUGUUCUGUGUUGUUUUGUUCAGGUUAGUCAGGAACCUUAAAGGAAGCACAAGUUCUCCAUUGGAACCAUAAUGGGAGGGUUCUGAAGAACCCAGAUGGCUUUUGGUUACCGCAAAAACAUUUCUACCUCUUGGUUCUCCACCCCGAUUACUAUUCCCCCUUGAUGAACCAUAGUCUGCCUUUCAGUACUUGCAGGCUCUGAGUGGGGCACUUAGCCUUGGCGUUCAGUUGAAGCCCUCAGUUCUGGCCUCACUCAAGAAGCCCCCUCAAUCUUCUUGGAACAGAAUCUUCUUGGAACAGCUUGAGGAGAUGCAAGUGUCUAUCCUCACUUGGCGGUGAAGAUCAAGUCACUUGCAGGCAGUUUAGGCUAUUUCACAAGGGUGUUGUGCAGAAUGAUUAAAAAAAAGGGCAAUCACAUAUACGUACUGCCUUGACCUCCAUGAAAUAUAGAUAUGGUUGAAAUGUAAUUAAGUGUGCAUAGGAUUGCAGCCCUAGGAUCAUUUUUGUAAUGCCCAGUCCUCAAAAUGAUAGGUGCCAGAGUCCCCAGUAGUGCUCAUGGGCACCAUGCCUCCCUCAGAAACCCUUCUUGGCGCUUGCCAGCACCCUCUCCUACUCCCUUUUAAAAAAUGGAUCUUUUUUAAGGAUUUUGUUUGUUGGGGGUAUUUGGGGUGAGGUUCUAAGAAGUAUUGCCACUCAUUAUGUGAAAUGGGUAUUUUGUAGUGCUCUCAGCAGUUUUUAUUUUAUUUUCAAAUGUGUCCCCAGGCCCAAAAAGAAUGAUGACCGCUGACUUAGUGGCAAUACCAUGAUUAAAUUAUUUUCAGUCUUAUAUAUCAAAGCUCCUUUGUUUUGACACUGGUACCUCUACCCUGGUGACUGUUCCAGCCUAUUGAACACAGUGUUCCUUGUCCCUGUAUGCACCCCUCACUUCUGUUCCUACAGAAAAGAAUGCUUUUAAAAAUUACGGUAGAAUCCAUGUAAUUGUCCCUCUUAAUGACAUAAUGUGUGCUUAACUGGGAUACAUGCCAGGCUACAGAUUUAGUACUUGGCAAUUGAAUUCCAUAGUCUAAACAAAGGGUUAGAGACAGCCUCAGGUUGAUGAGUGUACAUUGCCCAGUACUUCUGAGAACAAGUAAGAUACUGUGUUUACAAGAUUUAUUUUGGAUCAUGAUUACAGGCAGUAUAUAAACACAGCAACAAAUUCUACUGCAAUAUGUAGAAUGUAUCAAGACAGUGAUAAAUGCAUGAAGAACAUUUUGUGAAUCUCAUUUUCCAACAAGAUAAAAGCCUGAUUUUAGGAAUUUUACCUUGCAACAAUCGUGUUUUGUAAUAUGAAUGUCAGUAUUUGAAUUACAGGGGAAAGGGAAUUCCAGUCAAACUAGUUUUACUCAGCACUUCCAUGGAAUGCUACAACAAGUUAUGGUUUUGAUUAAAAUUUGUGAAGGUCAGAAUCAGAUUUAAUUAAGAAUCAAAAGCAUCAUCCAAGACUACUGCAUUUGACUUAAUGUAGUUAUUGAUCAGAAGGUCGGUGGUUUGAAUCCCCACAGCGGGGUGAGCUCCCGUUGCUUGGUCCCAGUUCCUGCCAACCUAGCAGUUCGAAAGCACAUCAAAGUGCAAGUAAAUAGGUACCGCUCCAGCGGGAAGGUAAACAGUGUUUCCGUGUGCUGCUCUGGUUCGCCAAACGGCUUUGACAUGCUGGCCACAUGACCUGUAAGCUGUACGCUGGCUCCCUUGGCCAAUAAGGCCAGAUGAGCGCCACAACCCCAGAGUCGGUCACGACUGGACCUAAUGGUCAGGGGUCCUUUACGUUUACCUUUUAUUUAGUGAUACAGCCAUAUGUUUUUCUCUGUUUAGGAAAUCCUCAACCGCAUCACGUUUGCCGCAUAGAAAGAGUGACGGCAUGAGGGCAACAUGAUAAUUUUCUCAAACAUAUGGUUUAAUGAGUGGCUUGUAUUUAUUUCAUCCAAUUAUACAUGGUUGCCAUUGUUUACCUGUCAUUUGUAUGACAAUCUUUUGUUUCUGAACCUCUUUUAACUCUAUUUCUAAAACUGAAGGCUAAACACUUCUUUUUAAGCACAGUACAUCAGACACCUGUGAUUAUCAGGUUUAUAACAAGUAGCCAUGGGCUGGACAGAAAUGUCAGGCAUGUGUCUUAAAUAUAGUCCAAAUUCUGUUGGAACUGCUGAUUUGAAAAUAAAUUUUACCAAAUGAUCAGGGAUGCAACUGGCAAUCACCAGAACAUGAAAUUCCUGCUUCAGACAUAGAUAAAGGAGCACUCUGAGAUGGGAACCUGGUGGGAGCAAGUCAUUUUAAAUUCAUUAUGCCAUUGAAAAGACUGUUUCUCUUCUAUAAAGAUGAACACACUGGGAAACGGGCUUGCUCAGUAGUAGUAAGAAGACAACAACUGUAACCAAUUGAAUGAGUGAAUGAGACUUUAGUUUGCUGCAUAAUAAAGCACCAAAGUCCAUUCUUUCACAGGACACCAUUCCAAUCUAAGUUUCAUGUUAAUCAUUUCAAUCAAUCAUUGUAGCAUACAGUAAUUGCAUUUUUCCCAGCCCUGUUUUAAACAGAUAUAUAGCAUUGGUUCAGUUGGUAGAGCAUAAAACUCUUAAUAUCAGCAUUGUGAGUUCAAGCCCCACUUUGGGCAAAAGAUGCCUGCAUUGCAGGGGGUUGGACUAGAUGACCCUCAUGGUCCCUUCCAGCUCUAUGAUUCUGUGGUACUUCUAUGAGAUAUAUUUAACACCAUCUAUAUAUUAUAAGGUGUCAUGCUAAGGCUCCUGCAGUUUCUCGUAUCAGUGCACUUGCUCAGAACGUGCCCAGUUAUAUGGGCAAUAUGUGACUGAUAGCCUAUCUUUUAAAAUUUCAAAAAUCAUAUUAUUGAAAAGUGACUAUUGUAUGUUGCCAAUAUUUAUGGAGGUUCAGUGGGGAAACCUUCUUUCUUUGUCACUGCACCCAACUUUCCUGAUAGCUGGGGAAACAGUUUUGAGUACAAAAAAAGUAUGAAGAGUUAAAGCACAACUGCUCUGAACAAAUUGAACGUCCCUGCAACUGUAUUAUUUCGAUUUUAAAAAGAAAGAGAUCCUUACUGUAUCUCCAUAAUGUGUAUUUUGACCCUAAAUCUAGCAGAUGAAACAAGAUAGAAUUUUGCUCAUCCUUUACAUUCUAUCAAACUUCUUUUCAGGGAUGAUUUUUUUAUUAUUAUUCUGCCCUAUUUUUAGACAGCCACAAAAGAGACUGCCUCCAGUCUAUUCCAGCUUCUGCUUUGAAAAGUGCAUUUAGAACCAAAUUUAAUGGCAUGAGAAGGAACCAAACAGGUUUAUUGCUUAACUCAAUAAAUGGAAAAGCAUGUGUGUCCCGUUAAAGCAACAAUGUAGUGACUGGCUGCCCUGAAUAGAUCACCAGAUUCAUCCUCUUGUGUUUGGGUUUGUGUCCAAUUCUGCUUAUGCACAGGGACCCUGCUCAUGCUUGAAUGCAAUUCUGAACCACAAGUUUCCACCUUUGUAUUCAGAGGGGGCCCAUUUUCUACCAGAAAAGUUGUCCUCAUUUGGUGACUCACUGAGCAUCAAACUACAGGCAUAUUAAGUGCAAAUUGCAUCAGCGGGAGGGGGGGGUGUUGACAGCAAGGAGAGAGGGGGAAUUUAACCCUUUUCUCCUCUUCUACCAUCCAUUUGGGGGUUUUCCCAUAAAGCAAAUACCAGCUUCAGAAGAGGGAUUUUUCCCAGGACCACAGCAGGUGAGGAAAGCAUUAAACCCACCCACCCUCAUCUGCUCUGAUCCUGUUAAUUACCACCCUUCUCCAGCUGAGAUGAUUUGCAUUUAAAAAAAAAACCUAGCAUCUGAUGCAUUUCUGUGUAGUUUGGACCUCACACUGAGAACCAAACAUAUAAUUGGGGUGAGGCCUUGAGGGGUAUUGUGGAGGCUUGGCUCCCACAGAAAUACCCCAGACCUCCUCUCUGAAUAUUCAGAUUUACUUUUCCAAAAGGUUUCUAGCCCCUGCUGUCAGGGGAUAUGUGCAGGUAGUAAGUAGCCUUUUGAUUUGCUCAGUAAGAAAUACAUCUGUCCCAGCAAGGCAUGGUGAUACAUAGUAAGUACAAUUUAAUUAUUAAAUUUUAUUAAAUGUUGUUAAGUUUAUUUCCUGUGUCAAAUAAGCGGAGAACAUAGUGGGUUGUUUGUGUUUAGUGGUUUGUUGAGUGUUUCACAUACACUCCUAUGCUCCCCAAACAACCUCAAUAUAGUUGACCACGUGAAGCAGAGAUGGGGGGGGAGUCCUGCUUAGCUUGCAUUUUAAUGUUGAUUUUUUAUUAUUAUUUUCACUUCCCAAAACUAUACACUGUCUGAAACACAGCACUGCUGUGAAUUUUGCAAGGUAGUUAU